AUGACUCUCGCCGAGGAAUUUCGCACGCGCAACUUCAGUAUUUACGGACAAUGGACCGGCGUUAUAUGCAUCUUUCUCUGCUUCGCUCUAGGCAUUGCCAACAUUUUCGCGCCCCUUCUGCGAAUUCCGUUUAGCAUUGUGUGCUUGUGCUGCGCUUUCAUCAUCGUCUUCAUCGAAGUCCCAUUCCUGCUCCGGGUAUGCCCAACCUCGUCCAAGUUUGACGACUUUAUCCGCCGCUUCACCAGCAACUACAUGCGCGCGCUUAUCUACACCUGCAUGAGUGCUGUGCAGUGGGUGAGUCUGGUUUCGGGCGCGUCCAGCCUGAUCGCCGCCGCCGUCUUCCUGCUCUUUGCUGCGGCGUUUUACCUUCUCGCCGCUCUGAAACACCAGGAUUUCAUCGGCAGCAAAACCUUGGGUGGGCAGGGAAUUGCGCAAAUGAUUGUGUAG